GUACAUAAUCCGUAUACAACCCAUCGGUGUGAUUACGGUUGUUACCUCAGUUACAAUGACAAUUCGCUGCCAUAGUGUUGCAUUUCAGAAAAAAGUACCACACAAUUUCUUAACGAUGAAUGUGGUCUCGGAAAAUGCUGCUCAAAAACGAACACGCAAUCAGUCAUCAAACAGUAAUAGUAGUGAAGAGAUUUUAGAAUGCGAAAAUGAAGGAAAACGUUUAAAAUUGGGAUCAGUUCACCAUUUGACAUUGGGUAAUCAGCUGACAUCAACUCCAUUGGAUAUCCUAUCACCGAUUGCAACAAAUUAUUUAUCUGGAAACAAUCAAGCUGCCAAUGAACCCAUUGGUUCUUGUAUAAACUUCAUUAACUGUGAUGAACUAGCUUCAUUGCUAACCUCAGAUUACUCAUGUAAACAGUGUGUACCGCUCAUACUUGAUAUUAGAAGUCUUGCUUCUCAAGCGAAUUUACGAAUUCAAACAGCUAUUGGUAUACCAUGUGAAUCUCGUGUAAAGUUACGUCGUGUAUUGCCGAUGCUGAAUAGCUAUUUACGCGCAAGAGAACAAUGUUUUAAUACACAUCAUUUACAAGACUACCAACCAAACUAUCGUUUAAUAAUCAUCUAUACUGAUUCUGGUAUCAGUGAAUUCCCUGUGUUAAAAGAUCUUCUUCAUUGCUUGGUUAAACACUUGAAUGACAUUCAUCAUUUAGAUGCAAGAGUUCUUAAAGG